UCUCUCUCUCUCUCUCUCUCUCUCUCUCUCUCUCUCCCCAACACUUAAAGCUAGCUAGAUACCAACUCUCUCACUCUAUCUAUCUCCCUCUCCUAUCUCUCUCCUCACAACGAACUAAUCCAUCAGUCAACAAGCAACAUGGCGGCAUCCCAAAGGAGCAGGAGCAGCGCGUGCUCCCCGGGCGCUCCCGUCGAGCUCGACGACGACCACGGAGGGGCGCCCGAGCAGGCGGAUCAGCUCCGCCGCGGCCCGUGGACCGUCGACGAGGACCUCACCCUUGUCAACUACAUCGCCGACCACGGCGAGGGCCGCUGGAACUCCCUCGCCCGCGCCGCCGGGUUGAAGCGGACGGGCAAGAGCUGCCGGCUGCGGUGGCUGAACUACCUCCGGCCCGACGUGAAGCGCGGCAACUUCACCGCCGACGAGCAGCUGCUCAUCCUCGACCUCCACACCCGCUGGGGCAACCGGUGGUCGAAGAUCGCGCAGCACCUGCCGGGGAGGACGGACAACGAGAUCAAGAACUACUGGAGGACCCGGGUGCAGAAGCACGCCAAGCAGCUCAACUGCGACGCCAACAGCAAGCGCUUCAAGGACGCCAUGCGCUACCUCUGGAUGCCGCACCACGUCGACGCCGACGACGACCACCGCCGCCGCCUCCUCCAGGCGCAGCACCAGCAGCACGCCGCCGACGUCGCCGCCGCCGCCGCCGCUGCCGGCGGGAUGGUGACCUCGUCGUCGGACUCGUUCGCGACGGCGGAGUCGUACGACGACGUGGGGGCGCUCUACGACGCGAGCGUGCACGCCGGGGAGAUUCUGGUCAGCGGCGGCGGAGACUGGGCGCAGGAGACGGCGGCGAACCAAGGGCUGUGGCCGGCGGCGCCCGAUCAGUCGGCGGCGGUGCAGGCUGCCGUUGGCGGUGGUUGCCAGUUUCAGGACCCGGAGCUGAGUGGAUGGGUGCAAGGCUUCUCCGAGGGCAUUACUGAGAAUUUUUGGGCCUUGGAGGACAUCUGGAAGAUCCAAUGAGCAACUUUAUGUUUUUUUUUAAAGAAGGGCUGAAAUUCAAUAUAUAUACGUUAGUGGUGUUGAUAUAGAUAAUGAUAUAACUUCAAAACGAGAAGUCACACAUAUAUAUAGUUAGUAUAUUCUAACUCCAAAAGAUACUGUAAGAGAAAGUUUCUAUACACCCCCCCGAUAUAUUUUUUUGGGGUGGUUUUUUUUCCUCUUAAGGUUCAUUCUUAUAGAGGUUGAAAUUAAAGGAGGGCAUUGUUUAUGUUGAAUAUUAUGCAAUGUACAAGUAUAUAGAU